AUGAAGAAGUUGGGAAUUCAAGAAGUACAGGCAACAAGGAUAACCAUGCAAAUGGCUGACAAGUCCCUGAGACAGGCAUAUGGGCUAGUGGAGAACGUACUAGACAAGGUCGGAGAGCUAUUCCUCCCGGCAGACUCUGUGAUACUUGACAUGAGAGAAGAAACAGAUGACUCCAUCAUCCUGAGAAGACCAUUCCUAGCCACCAAUGGAGGAACCCGGAUAGAUGUUGAGACAGGCAAAGUGGCGCUGAGGUUACAUGAGAACUACAUGGUUUUCAAAGUUUAUAAACCUUUGCCAUCCCUUGACAAAGGAAUGCUUAGAACAGGGAUCGCAGAACUCAGAAUAAAGAACAGAACACCCUGGAACAGGAAGGCUCUAGCGCUGAAUGCCAACUGGAAGCUCAAUGUCAGAAAGGAGGCAAGCAUUCCUGGCGUUUAA